ACCACCGCCCGCAAACAUGACGGGCAUCGCCGCCGCUUCUUUCUUCUCCAAUUCCUGCAGGUUCGGCGGCUGCGGUCUCCAGUUCGAGUCUCUCGCCGAGCUCAUCGUCCACAUCGAGGACAAUCACAUCGACACAGAUCCGCGGGUGCUGGAGAAGCAGGAGCAACAGCAGCCCACUUAUCUGGCCCUGAGCUACAUCAACAGGUUCAUGACAGAUGCAGCGCGACGCGAGCAGGAGACCAUGAAGAAGAAGGCCACGCCCAAACUGUCCCUGUCCAUCAGCGGCGGAGUGUCCAGGAACAGCACGGCCACGCCUCCUCGACACACCAGCGGUAACCUGACGCCUCCCGUCACCCCCCCCAUCACUCCCUCCUCCUCCUUCCGCAGCAGCACACCCACAGGCAGUGAAUAUGAUGAGGAGGAGGUAGACUACGAGGAGUCGGACAGCGACGAGUCGUGGACCACAGAAAGCGCCAUCAGCUCUGAGUCCAUCCUCAGCUCCAUGUGCAUGAAUGGGGGAGAGGAGAAGCCGUUCGCCUGCCCCGUCCCCGGCUGCAAGAAGAGAUACAAGAAUGUGAACGGUAUCAAGUACCACGCCAAGAAUGGUCACCGCACGCAGAUCCGUGUGAGGAAACCCUUUAAGUGUCGCUGCGGCAAGAGCUACAAGACCUCGCAGGGCCUGAGACACCACACCAUCAACUUCCACCCGCCCGUCUCCACCGAGAUCCUGCGCAAGAUUCAAGGCUAGAGCCCUGAUCACCCCCAAUCACUACCCCAAACAUAGCCCUGUCCUGACUGUCCUUACCCGACGCUUUUACUCCUAUCCCACACACUAAAGGAUCAAGUGCGUGCUUUAAUUUUCUUCUUUCAUCUUUUUGUUUGUAUUUGUUACACUUUUUUCUUUUUCUAUCCAUGUUAUAUCAAUUGUAUUUUGGG